AAGCCCGGAGAAGAGGGGAGAGGGAGAGGGAGGGGGACUCAACAGGGAGGCAAUGAAACGGACUCAUCCGCGUAACUAGACACUACCAGUUCAGUUCGGUGGUCAGAGCAUGCGAGAGCGUAGCUAGACCAACCGCAUUCAGUUAUAACUACAAAGGAAUAGAGAGGGAGAAAAUUGAAGUGUUCCAGCCUAGGGAGGCGGCGAGGACAGGAGUAAGACAUAGGCUACUGGCAGCUUUCGAGCGUCACGGGCAUAUACACCCCGUGUCCAGAAUUUACGGCCAUUCUUGGCAUCAGCCUAUUGUACAAAAUUGCGGAUUUAUAACUGAGUGAAGUCGGGGAUAGUCAUCGACAGUCCUAUCCUUCACAAUGAAGAAAAACAAUUCAGCUAAACGGGGCCCGCAGGACACAAACCAGCACAACACGCAGCCAGACAAAAUCGGUUGGAUUCGCAAGUUCUGUGGCAAAGGGAUAUUUAGGGAGAUCUGGAAAAAUCGUUUUGUAAUACUCAAAGGGGAGCAACUUUACAUCUCAGAGAAAGAGGUGAAGGAUGAGAAGAAGAUCCAGGAGGUGGUUGACCUGACGGAUUACGAGCGUUCUGAGGAGCUCCGCAAGGCCAAGAGCCGCAGCAAGAAGAACCACAGCAAGUUCACCCUGCUGCGCUCCAGAACCCCAGGCAACACGGUCCCUAACCUGGUGUUCCUGGCUGUUAGUCCAGAGGAGAAGGAGUCCUGGAUAAACGCCUUAAAUGGAGCAAUCACCAGAUCCAAGAACAGCAUCCUGGAUGAGGUCAUGGUUGAGGAUGAAAACCUUCUGUCCCAUCUCACACGGGACAGGGCUAAGAUCCCUCACACACGGCGCCUGCCUACACGAGGACACAUCAUGGCUGUGGCCUCCACUUCUACCUCUGACGGCAUGUUAACCCUUGACCUGAUCCAGGAGGAGGACAGCCCCAGCACAGACGGCCAGGACACCUGUGACAAGAGCUUCCGGGCCAACCUGGACAAAUCCACUCAGCUCGACUGCCUCAGGUCCAAAACAGAGGGUGCCAUCAGUAGCAUCUGUCUAGCGACUCCCGCAGAGGUCACUGGGAAGUCCCAGAGCCUUCCGCGCGAUACUGGGGUCACUUGGGACGAUAAACAGCAACUUCAGAGCCCGAUGGGGAAGUCCUGCACUCCUCAGCCGGGCAAGAGGCUCACACCGGCUGAGAAAAGCCGCUGCGCCUCCAUGGACGAGAUCCUCUCACACUCCGGGACGCAGGCCACCAAACCCAGGACAUCCAUCCCCCGCUCUGCCACCUCUGCUCCCCCUGGCAACCUGCCGCCCAUGAGCCAGCUGCAGGACCUAAUCGCUCAGAAGCUGGAGAGAACUCAGGAGCUGCUGAUGCAGGUGCAGGGUGCGAAGGGGGAGGAGGUGGAGCGGGGGAAGGGGAAAGGGAAGGACUCGCCAGGUUCCAAGGGCUCCAGGGGUUCCUCGGACGGGGCCCGGGCAGAGGCAGAGAGGCUGCUGAAGGAGGCAGCGUCCACAUGGGGUCAGGCCAAGGAUGUUCUAGAGGAGGUGAAGGAGCUGAGAGCGCUCUACCGUCAGCUGGACUCCCCGCCCGCCAUCCCUGCCUCCCUCUCACCCCUCACACCCUCCAACAGCGGCAAGCAGACUGACUACAGGAAGAGCAUGAUGUGACCGUCAGAGAACUCAACACAGACUGGACUAUGAAUCCCUAAGCAAAAAAACAACUCAACAUGCAAAGCCACAAUAGUGUUAAAUAUGUCUGUUUCUCUCCUUCUGUGUCCUUUCAUUUGAUUGAUGCUGUGACAAAGUGAGGACAUUCAGUUGCCCAACGACGUCCCCUGUGCUUGACCACUGUGCCCUUACAUGUCUGCUUGAUGAAGGGUGUGGGGGGCAAAGCGAAGGGGCCAAUCUAGGAUCUGAGGUACAUGUUGGCCAGGGAGUCCAGUAGAGAUCCUGUCUCUCUGUACUGACCAGCUGCUGAAAGACCUUGUGAUACUGCAGUGUCGGGUUUUGCCCACAAUCUCAAUGUUUUCCUCUGCGUUGGUUGUCAAAGAGGGGAUGUUGCCAGGUUUGGGCGGGGAAUCAGAAGGGCUUUGCUCUCCAGGGAUAGACACACAGUGGUUGAGGAUGACUCAGAUUACAGGAAGGGAAACAUGGUGUCCAGACCAGCCCGCAUGUUGGGAAUGUGAAUGUUUUCCUUUUUCUGUUACUCAACACACUGGAAGGUUGGUCUGAGCCAGAUUCCCAACAACCACCACUCUAAAAGCAACAUCAGCCCACCGUACAGUACAGCAUCCUCACUCCCUCUGCUGCUCUGGGAAUGGAGCUCAGUGGACUCCUCAUCUCUGCUGGUCCAUUAUGACUCACAGGGACAAGGGGAACCAGUUCACAUAGUCAGAAAACACUGGCCUUCCAUAGGGUGUUUCUGUCUGUUCCAUGAGCCAUAUGAUAGAGUCAAAAUGGAGGACGUCUGUCUGGGUUGUGUUGUUACUAGAUGGUACCUAUUAGGACAGGGCUGUUCCUUUCCUGUAGGCCUACAACCAGUUGUCUUCAGCCUUGCCACUGCAGCCAUUGAUUCUCAUGCUGCUGUAGAGCCAUGGAGCCGGGGUGGCGUCUGUGUGUGUCUGGUAUGAGUGGUGAUUCUCAUGCUACUGUAGAGCCAUGGAGCCGGGAUGGCGUCUGUGUGUGUCUGGUGUGAGUGGUGAUUAUCAUGUUACUGUAGAGCCAUGGAGCCGGGAUGGCGUCUGUGUGUGUCUGGUGUGAGUGGUGAAUAUCAUGCUACUGUAGAGCCAUGGAGCCGGGAUGGCGUCUGUGUGUGUCUGUUGUGAGUGGGAAGCAUGACAUAGAGGUCAGAUGCAGUACUGAGGAGAGGAACCACUUGUAAGUGAUUUGCUAAAAUAGUAAUAAUAACAGAAUUGCACUAUGAAGGAAGGCUGUAAAACAAGAGGAUGAAACUGGUGGGUGGAAACUGGAGAGCACAGAUUCUGUUCAUUCUGUUCUACAUUUUUGAUACGACAAUCUAGUGUUUCUAGAAACAUACUGACUGCAUAGUUCCAACGCUGUGAUACCUAAAACAGUCGCUCAGCUUGUUACUGUUUGAAAAUCUGAGCUUCUCAAAGGUACAAUGUGUGUAAACAAUGCUGUUGAUGAACGCAUCCCUCCGGCUAGCUAACAGUGAUGCUAAUGCUUGACCUCUGACCUCCCUGUCCUACUUAAGGUCUUAUAGGGUUUAUGACAGAGAAGAGAGCUAUGCAACGUAGCACGAACACACACAACCACAACGUGAGAGAGAGAGAGAGAGAGAGAGAGAGAGAGAGAGAGAGAGAGAGAGAGAGAGAGAGAGAGAGCGAGAGAGAGAGAGAGAGAGAGAGAGAGAGAGAGAGAGAGAGAGAGAGAGAGAGAGAGAGAGAGAGAGAGAGAGAGAGCAGCGGCCAAUGGACUGCGUCGCCUAAUCAAAACAUCCAGUGCGCCUCUCUAGAGCACCCCGCCUUGUUUUAUAGUCAGUAGCUACGCAUGUUAUGUGUUGGCACAGUGCUGUGGAAAUGGUUCGCUCUGGACUGUCAGACGGACAAAAACAGUGUUAUGAUUAUGUUGUUAUCAUUGUUUGUAUUUUUUAUUUGUUUAAAAUGCUUUUGUAGGAUGAUUUAAGGCACGCUUUAGAGAAGAAAAUGGCCGGGGCAUUCUAGAAUGUUCACGCUCUUAGAAUACUCAACUGGAAACUCUGCAUAUUGUAGUGUUACUCUGUUUGUUCAACCAACAACCACAACCCAAUAACAGAAGUCAAAAAUCAUUAACGUUGAAGUUGGAUAUGGACAUAAAUGAGGGUGAGGUGAAAAAGGUAUGUUAGAAAGAAGACAAGAGGAAACAUUUAACUGAGUAGGCCAUAAACAAUAUUUUUACUAGUAUGUCUAUUAUUGUUGUUGUUAUUUAGUUUUAUCUGGGAUGAAGUACUCUCUUGUGUGAGGCUGAACACAAAAUGUUUGUGCAAUCCUAAAAGAUUGAUAUGACAGCCGAUGCACUGUACAUACUCGGAGCAGUUUGAAUCAUCUCAAAGGAUGUUGCUGUAUUUUCUUAUUGCGUUGCGUUAUGAUGGAGACGAAAGUGGCUUUGCUUUGCACUGAUGUUCAUCACUUCUGGACUGUCAAAGUACUUGAGACAUAACCACUUGUGCAAUUAUAACAAUCAGCCUAAUUCAGACAACCAGUGUUCUACAUUGAAUGUUUGCUUUUUUAAGUCAAAACCUAGCCGAGAAUUGUAAUAAAAUGAUUUUUGUAUGUCCAUUCAGAAGAAUACCCUACUGGAAUAUAGGGCUGGUUUUCAUAGGAAAUGCUGAGGUAGGAAGUGAUUGAUCCAAGCAUUGUUUUUACGGCAGCAAUAAUACCAUCUUCAAGCUAUGCCAAAGAUAAUAUGGCUGUACAAGGAAAUAAAACUAUUCCCAUUGAAAUA